AUGGGUGAGCCGCUGAGAUCAAACGUUCUGGAUUUUUUCCGGUGUAAUCUCGUAAGCUCCGGUGAGGCUCAAACCAGUAGCACCGAAAGACAUGGGUUUAAACUCAGUUGGUUAUCUUCCAUUCGUUCAUUCCAGACAACGAUUCCAGCGAGUAGACAAGCUUCGUAUUGCUUAGACGAGAUGUUAGAAGGUGUUGGGUUGAAUGAGGGUUGUUCAGAAGGGCUGCAACCACCAUUUCUGGUCCAUUAUCAAGCUGUGUGGGUGAAUCAGAAUGGUGUCGCCGGAGAAGAUGAUAUCGUUAUAUCAUCAAACCCUAACGCAGCCAUUUCAGAUUCAAGAAAUUAUCUUGGGCAUGGAAGAUCUCUAAUGUUUGACGAUUUGAGUGGCGAAAAAUCAACAAAUGAAAUCUUGAAUGGCAACAAAUCAACAGACAAAAACAUGGACAAUUUCAUUGAACAGUUAAGCGUUAAUAGAGAUGAAAUACAGUAUGAAGAUGAUUUAGACUAUUGUCCCAGUGGAGCAAGUUAUUAUAGUCAUCUUAGUUUUGAUAAUGAAUAUAAGCCCAUGACGGAUGAUGAUGAGGCUGACUCAUUUAGCAAGAGCAGUUUAAGCAUGAAGAAAAGUGACCCGACACGAUUUUCAGAAAGGUGUCAAAAAAUAGAUUAUGCAUGGAGAAUUCAUGCUUCUAUCAUGCAAGAUGGAAUUACAUUUGAAGUUAAGAAAAUGGUGGAAGGACAUACAUUGACAAGAAAUGAUUCAAAAGGAAAGUUCACUGGUGUACUAGCUGCUGCAACGGGUAUCGACAGUAACAAUUCCAUCUUUCCAAUAACUUAUUAUGUGCUUGAAUCAGAGAGUACACAAUCAUGGACAUGGUUUCUUGAAUCACUUAAAAAAAGCAAUCUCGUUUCCAGAUGGUCUUGUGAUCUCAUGAGACAUGCCAAAAGGGUUAGAAAUGUGCUUGAUCUACUUGAUGCAAUUAGAGAAAAUCUUAUGAAAUGGUUUGACAAAAAGAGGGUGUUAGUGAAAAGAUGGAAUGGCGUAUUGCUUCCUAAUGCUAAGAUUCGUCUCAACUACAUCUCUAAGUAUGUGGAUGUGGUGACAAUCAAGUUGAGGCACAAGUGUCCGCGAUGUGGUGAGUAUGGACACCGUGAAAAGAGUUGCAAAAAUCCCACAUCUCAAAGUUUCGAUCCAAGUGAAACAUCCAUGAGUACAAGGAAACGUGAAAAGAAAACAAAAUUUGGCGGUAGCUUGGGUGUUUCAGGGUCCAUGUGA